AUGCGAAGCGCCCUGCGCGCCGCCCGCCUCAUGGCCGCCGCCGUGGGCACCGGGAGCGGGCCCGGGCCCAAGCGGCCGAGACCCGAGCCCGCCCUGCGCAUCGGUACCCACGACGGCACCUUCCACUGCGACGAGGUGCUGGCGUGCUACCUGCUGCGCCUCCUGCCCCGCUACCGGCCUCACUCCACCCCCCGGCAGGACGCGGAGGUGGUGCGCACCCGGGACCCCCAGCGCCUAGCCCAGUGUGACGUAGUGGUGGACGUAGGGGGUGAGUACGACCCCGAGCGACACCGCUAUGACCACCACCAGAGGUCCUUCACACAGUCCAUGCGGAGCCUCCGGCCUGACAAGCCCUGGACCACGAAGCUGAGCAGUGCUGGGUUGGUCUACUGCCACUUCGGCUCCCAGAUCCUCGCGGGCCUCCUGGGGCAGCCAGAGGACGGCCCCAUCGUGACAGCGCUCUAUGAUAAGCUGUACGAGAACUUUGUGGAGGAGAUCGAUGCCAUCGACAACGGCAUCGCGCAGGCGGAGGGGGAGCCCCGCUACGCCCUCACCACCACCCUCAGUGCCCGCGUGGGUCACCUGAACCCCCGCUGGAACGACCCCGACCAGGAUACUGAGGCGGGGUUCAAGCGGGCGAUGGAGCUGGUUGGGGGCGAGUUCAUGGACCGGCUUGACUACUACCACCGUGCCUGGCUGCCGGCGCGGGCGCUGGUGGAAGAGGCCAUCCGGCGACGCUUUGAGGUGGACGCGAGCGGGGUGGUGCUGGAGCUCCCCCAGGGCGGCUGCCCCUGGAAGGAGCACGUCUUCAGCCUGGAACAGGAGCUGGCGCUGCCCGAACCCCUCCAGCUGGUGCUUUUCCCCGACCGCAGCGGGCAGUGGCGGGUGCAGAGCGUCCCGGCGGGGCCGCACACCUUCCAGAGCCGCCUCCCUCUCCCCGAGCCCUGGCGAGGUGUCCGGGACGAGGCGCUGUCCCAGCUCGCCGGCAUCCCCGGCUGCGUCUUCGUACACGCCAGCGGCUUCAUCGGAGGCAACCGCACGCGGGAGGGGGCGUUGGAGAUGGCACGGCGGACACUGGCGCAGCAGCACGGCGGGGGAGCGCAGAGCGGAUGAGCCCCCCAAGCCCCCACCAUCGUAGUCACC